UUGUAGUUAGAUUUAGUAGAUUUAUAUAAAUAUAAUGGCCGUGUUUUUAACAGUGGCACGUAAUGCCACUAAGGUCCCUAAUGUCAAACAUUUCUUUGGAAGACCUUCAAUUAUUUCUCGCAUUUUUAUAAGAAAUUUUUCUGCGUUAAGGGGACAUAUUAAAGUUAAACCAAAUUUAUUUUUUAAUAAUGGCAAGACUAAAAAAUAUCAGUGGAUGCAAACAAGCAAACAGUUUGCAAGUAAAAAUGAGCAUCAGAGAAUCCCAGGUGUUCCAGAAGUUUCUUUAUUUAGAAGAAUUCUGGGCAAGUUCUGGUUCCAGAAAAGAAAUUGGCAUCCUGGAGCCUCCAACCUUUCCCCUAAUGAGAUUGGAAUAGCUGGUGCCAAACCAGUUGCUUAUAUAGACAUGGUCAAAGCAAUGUUGGUUUACAUCUGGCCUAAAAACAACCUUGCUUUUCGUCUUCGUGUUAUUGUUGCCUUAGGCUUGCUAGUUGGAGCAAAGGUGAUCAAUGUCUCAGUUCCUUUCAUCUUUAAACAAGGCGUGGAUUAUCUCAACACACCAGCCAACUGGCUCGGCUUGGAGGACCCAAGCAAAACCAUUUUCACUGUUGCCUUUGCUAUUAUGUUAGGGUAUGGGUUGGCCAGGACAGGAGCUGCGGCCUUCAAUGAAUUACGAAAUGCUGUGUUUGCUAAAGUAGCUCAGAGCUCCAUACGUAAGGUGGGCAGAAACGUGUUCUUACAUUUACAUUCCAUGGACCUAAGCUUUCAUCUGUCCCGUCAGACUGGUGCCUUGUCUAAAGCUAUUGACCGCGGGACCAGGGGUAUCAACUUUGUGUUAAGUGCUUUAGUGUUCAAUGUGGCUCCUACAAUUCUGGAAGUGGCUUUUGUUAGCUCUGUUUUGUACUACAAGUGUGGUGGCAAGUUUGCUCUGGUUACCCUCGGCUGUGUGGCCUCCUACGCUGUGUUUACCCUGGCCAUCACGCAGUGGAGGACCAAGUUUCGUGUAAUGAUGAAUAAAGCUGAUUCUGAGGCAGGAGCAAAGGCCAUUGACUCUCUCAUCAACUACGAGACAGUCAAGUACUUCAACAAUGAAGAGUUUGAAGCCAACAAGUAUGACAAGCAGCUAAAAAAAUAUGAAGAUGCUUCAUUGAAGACAACAGUCAGUCUGGCAUUGCUUAACUGGGGCCAGAAUGCUAUUUUUAGUGCUGGUCUAACAGCUGUGAUGAUCAUGGCAAGUCACAACAUCAUGGCAGGUACCAUGACAGUAGGCGACCUUGUUCUGGUCAAUGGACUUCUGUUCCAGCUCUCUCUGCCCCUCAACUUCCUGGGCUCUGUGUACAGGGAGGUGCGACAGUCUUUGAUAGACAUGCACACAAUGUUCAGUCUAUUGAACAUGACCCCCAGUAUCCAGAGCAAAUUGAAAGCCCCAGUUUUACAAGUUGCCCCCCAUCAAUCAGCCAUCACCUUCCAAGACGUCUACUUUGAGUAUGUCAGAGGUCACCCAAUUUUAAAUGGACUCAAUUUCACAGUUCCAUCUGGGAAGAAGGUCGCCAUUGUUGGUGGCAGUGGAUCAGGGAAGUCAACCAUUGUUAGACUUUUGUAUCGAUUUUUUGAUCCCCAAGAGGGCAAAAUUCUGAUCAAUGGGCAGGAGAUACAGGAAGUUGACCUGGAGAGUCUACGUAAAGCUAUAGGAGUUGUCCCACAGGAUUGUGUGCUGUUCCAUGACACAGUGUACAACAACAUAGUGUAUGGCAAGCUGACCGCCACAGAGGACGAGGUCCACAGGGCAGCUGACAUGGCAGAGAUCCACAGCACCAUCAUGAACCGCUUCCCCAACAAGUACCAGACCCAAGUGGGGGAGAGGGGCCUCAAACUCUCUGGUGGUGAGAAGCAGAGGGUGGCCAUAGCUAGAGCCAUCUUGAAGAACCCCCUGAUUGUUGUGUAUGAUGAGGCCACGUCAUCUCUAGACACCAUCACUGAGCAGAAUAUCCUUCAAGCUCUGAGGCGCGUCACACAAGGGAAGACAACUAUUGUCAUCGCUCACCGCUUGUCCACUGUUGUUGAUGCUGAUGAGAUCCUUGUGUUGGACAAAGGCCAAGUGGCAGAGAAAGGUUCUCACACAGAGCUGAUAGCCAACCCCAACAGCCUGUACUACAGUCUCUGGCAGAAACAAAGUGCUGUUAUGGGCAGCCCGAUUGACAGCAACAACAACAUGAGUCAGCCAGCUGAGAAAAUCCUUGAUGAGAAAGAUUCUGUACCCCACAGCCAUUAAUCUGGUCGAGUUAAUUCUGUCAUGUCAGCUGUCAGUAGUUGUACAGAGUUGAUGUAGACAUGUCAGCUGUCAGUUGGACAAGAUAGAUCUGCGUCUAGUAUAAGUACAGAAUUUGCUUGCAUGUUUUAUUUAGUAGUAGGUGUCUCUCCCACUUUGAGGAUUAGACUUGAAUAGUUUGUCCACAGUCUCUUUUUUGCCAGAUUUUACCAAAA